UGGACUUCGAGGGGGAGGGAAGCGAUAGGAACUGAGCUGUGCUUCAUCUUACUCCCUCACGUGCUAUAUUCUAUAUUUACUCGCUUUUGCAAAUCUACACGUUUUAUCUUUAUACCUUUCAAUAAAAAAUAUUUGUAAUUUUGUUUUUAUGUUUUCAUUUCAAUUUUAAAAGAAGUGCAUUACAAUUUAUAAUAAAAAAAAGAAAAAAAUUAACAUUAUUAAAAAAUAAAAAAUGGGACGUGAUUGUUACUCGCAGUUGCACGAUUAUAGAAGAGCGCGUGGCAACAGAUCCCAACUUUUAACUGUCACACUGCACUUGUAUUCGCUACUGUUUUCAUUUUCAUUGGAUGGCCUGAAACCGAUACGGUUGCGACUCCGGAGAUAAGAAUCGGAAUCGGAGCCGUACACACCCACCGCCUAGCCAUGACCUCCCCUACUCUCUCUCUUCCUCCUCACUCUCUCUUCUUUCUCGGAAACGGCACCGUCCCUGCUCUUCUCCGUUCUCUCUGUGUCAAACUCGCUCAUUUCAACUCAUUCAACUCCUCUCCGAGUCAGCCACCGCCUUCACCAGCGCUAUCCUUUGCUUUGGAAGGGAUUGAACAAUUGAUUCUGUAUGUAUAUAUGAUGACAUGGAAUGAAAAUUUGAGCCAAAGGUGUUGAGAAUGUGGUAAUUAUAGGUUCAGGUCCUGGUGGAUAUACAGCUGCCAUAUAUGCUGCUCGUGCCAAUUUGAAACCUGUAGUGUUUGAGGGGUAUCAAAUGGGUGGUGUGCCUGGUGGACAGCUGAUGACUACCACUGAAGUAGAGAAUUUUCCAGGGUUUCCAGAAGGAAUAACUGGUCCAUAUUUGAUGGAUAGGGAAUAGAAAUAAUGGAUCAGCUUUCCUUUCAGUUUCAUGCAUUUUUUUUUUUUUUGUAAUGUUGAAUUCUUGUUCUUGUAUGGAACAGAUGAUAUACGCAUAUAAGAAGCUGUUGUUUCAAGUGAAAUUAUAUGAUGGAAUCUUGACUUUUUGUAUUGACUAGGAUGUGACGACAAGCGGAACACUGGGUAGCUGAACUGUUCCAAGAAGAUGUGGAAUCUGUUUAUAUUAAAAACAGUCCUUUCACUGUGAAAAGUAGUGAACAUAAGGUUAAGUGCCACAGCCUCAUUUUUGCUACAGGAGCUGCUGCAAAAAGGCUCAGGUUACCUUGUGAAGAUGAAUUUUGGAGUAGGGGAAUUAGUGCUUGUGCAAUUUGUGAUGGAGCCUCACCGCUGUUUUAAGGGGCAGGUUCUAGCCGUUGUUGGAGGUGGUGAUACAACUACAGAGGAAUCAUUAUACCUAACCAAGUAUGCCUGUCAUGUUCAUUUGCUUGUGCGCAAGGAUCAACUUAGGGCAUCUAAAGCAAUGCAAGAUAGAUUGUUCAGAAAUCCAAAUAUCACCGUGCACUUCAAUACAGAGGCGGUGGAUGUUGUUAGCAAUACUAAAGGCCAGAUGUCUGGUAUUUUGACUAGAAAAUUUGAUACUGGGGAAGAAUUUGUACUUGAGGCAAGAGGCUUGUUCUAUGGCAUUGGUCAUUUGCCUAAUAGCCAGCUGUUGGAAGGCCAAGUUGAACUUGACAGGACAGGCUAUGUAUUAGUUGACGAAGGUUCUGCAAAAACUUCUGUUGAAGGUGUGUUUGCAGCUGAGAUGUACAGCAGGAAGAGAGCAGGAGGAGUGCAAUGAUUCAUUCUAUGUCUGUUGAUAAGGCAGGGCUAGUUGCUAAUUCCUCACGUGAACAGUCACAUGGUUCAUCAGAUAAGGAUCAACUACAUCGUGACUAUUGUGGAAAAAAUCAGCAUACUAAGGAACACUAUUAGAAACUGCAUGGACGCCCCACUAAAGGGCAUGGAGGAAAAAGGAUAGGCCCUACUAGACCACAAGCUAAUGUAUAUGAGGUUGUGAAUCUGUCUGAAGAUACUACCACCACUGGGAUGUUUUCCAAUGAAGAGAUACAGACUCUAAGGCGUUUGCUAUCACAACUUGAAUCGCAAUCCACCACAGUUGCCUCUUCCAAUUUCAUCAACUCAGGUAA